UAGGCAAGACAAAUGUCAAGGGUGUCACCGGCCCACCCAGGUUUAAGAGUGGGGAAAUUUUGAAUUCAGAAACCUUCAUAACAUAUGGGCUCCAUGAAUUCAAACAAUUGGCUUUCCUUUCCUCUUUCACCAACUCAUUCCUCCUUACCUUCACAUCUUCAUACAGCUCAGUCAAGCCAUUUUUCUCUAGGGCCAGUGAUUCCGACUACCUAUUCGCAAACAACAGUCUAUUGCAAGUUCAGAAUACCUUGGCAGCUGCUCCGAAUAGCUUUGACCUUCAAGAAAAUGCUAGUAAUAUUCAGUCCUUGACAUUGUCUAUGGGCAGUGGUGGUAAGCGUUCAACUUGUGAAACCAGUGCCGAUAACAUCAAUGCGAACACUGUUGAAGCUGCUCCUAGGAGGACUCUCGACACAUUUGGACAAAGAACAUCAAUUUAUAGAGGUGGGUAUGAUAAAGAAGACAAAGCUGCUAGGGCUUAUGAUCUGGCUGCAUUGAAGUACUGGGGAACAUCUACCACUACCAAUUUCCCGAUCACUAACUAUGAAAAGGAACUGGAGGAGAUGAAACAUAUGACCAGACAAGAAUUUGUCGCCUCCAUUAGAAGACACCAUCAGCAUGGAAGAUGGCAAGCAAGGAUUGGGAGAGUUGCAGGAAACAAAGAUCUUUACUUGGGAACAUUCAGUACCGAGGAAGAAGCUGCAGAAGCUUACGAUAUCGCAGCUAUAAAGUUCAGAGGACUCAAUGCAGUAACCAACUUCGACAUGAACCGCUACGACGUCAAGAGUAUUCUCGAGAGCAACACUUUGCCAAUCGGAGGUGGAGCAGCAAAAAGGCUAAAGGAAGCACAAGCAAUUGAAUCGUCUCGAAAGCGAGAUGAAAUGAUAGCCCUUGGAUCAAGCUUUCACUAUGGAAGCUCUAGCUCAGGCCCUCUACAAGCAUACCCUCUAAUGCAGCAACAAUUUGAGCAAGCUCAACCCUUACUAACCCUGCAAAAUCAAGAGCUAUCUCAAUAUAGUACCCAAGACCCUCAAUUCCACCACAGUUACAUCCAAACACAACUUCAAUUACACCAGCAAUCUGGUUCAUUCUUACACCACCCAAACCAAAAUACUCAGUUCUAUAGCGGUUAUCUUCAGAAUAACCCACUUUUGCUUCAUGGAUUGAUGACUAUGGGAUCGUCUUCUUCAGUGAUGGACAACAAUGGCAGUUCCAGUGGUAGUUACAAUGGAGGAUAUGUGGGUAGUGGGAUUGGGAUGACUUCAAAUUCUAGGGCUACUGAGGAACUUGCACUAGUGAAAGUUGACUAUGAUAUGCCUUCUGGUAGUUACAGUGGCUGGUCUGGGGAAUCGGUUCAAGGAUCGAAUCCUGGUGUUUUUACAAUGUGGAAUGACUGA